AUGGCUGUGGGCGCUUUUGCUGGUCACAGAUCGAUUUCUCUUAAACGGUCUGUUUCUAGGCAGCCUGCUUCUGCGAAGUGGUAUGACCGGAGGGACUAUGUCUUUAUUGAAUUUUGUGUUGAAGACAGUAAAGAUGUUAACGUAAACUUUGAAAAAUCCAAACUUACAUUCAGUUGUCUUGGAGGAAGUGAUAACUUUAAACAUUUAAAUGAAAUUGACCUUUUUAAUAAUAUUGAUCCAAAUGAAUCAAAGCAUAAAAGAACAGACAGAUCGAUCUUGUGCUGUUUACGAAAAGGAGAAUCUGGCCAGGCGUGGCCAAGGUUAACAAAAGAGAAGGCAAAGCUCAACUGGCUCAGUGUGGAUUUCAACAACUGGAAAGAUUGGGAAGAUGAUUCAGAUGAAGACCUGUCCAAUUUUGAUCGCUUCUCUGAGAUGAUGAACAACAUGGGUGGAGACGAGGGUGUAGAUUUGCCAGAAGUAGAUGGAGCAGAUGAUGACUCACCAGACAGCGACGACGAAAAAAUGCCAGAUCUGGAGUAAGGAAAACUGUCGUCUUCAGGGUUUGGGGAAAGAACUUCAUUACAGCAUUUCAUAAUUGAGAUAAGAAUUCCUGAGUUGAUAGCUCUAAAGCCAGAUAUUGCAUCCUUUAACCCAUUUUCAAUCUGUUUUAAAUGGCUUCACUGAUGGUUGGUAUGUACCAUUGUACGGGGCAGUCUUAAGUCACAAGAGGCAAUAACAUUAUGUGGGAACCUUUUUUUUCAGACUUCCAAAAAACAAAAAGCAAUUGAGGUAUAGGCAACCGAAACAACCGCUGCAGGACAAAGUUUACAGAACCCGGUCGCCUCAGACAUGGUUACAAUGGGGAAAUCCUCUAUUCGCUUGAAUGGCAAAUCUGCAUUCCCCCUUGCAGCGUGGGCUGCAGGUAACUCUGUCAGAGACCUCCUACCUGGAGGUGACCUGGCUCAUGCGAUGUUUUAAUUGGCUUACAGAAUUAAAUUGGUAAUGCGCUAUACCUCUGUAGUGUCUUCAGGUGUGUUCCACUAAUGUGCUGUU